AUGAACAGCGCCAAAUUUCGGCUCUCUGCCCUUCGAUGUACCCGGACUACGUUUGUGCAAAUCCUUGGAACACCCGCUGUCUUCGCCGGCCACCUGGCGAGAUCACGCACACUACAGCAAUAUUUGAGCCCUGCCGAGAGCAGCGAGUCCUCGCCCUUCCAUGGAGCCAUAUACAGCGGCCGAUGGGGUAAGACGGCGUGGUGCUGGUGGGCUCCUGACUUUCGCCUACGCAAGCUCUUUAUCGGACAGAUGGUCACGAGUCGAAUCCAGGGCAUGCAGAAACCGAUCGCAAAGCUUCUCCAUUUGGCCGUCGCAGAAGCAUGCGCAUUGGGUCUCAAAGAAGUCGUCAUGUGGCAGCCAACAGCCGACGUCAGAGAAGCAGCCGGCAUGCUGGCUGAUGAACUGGGAGCCGGUGUUCAAGCUCUCUUUAAGGAACGGAUCGAAAACAUUCCCUGUGUUCGGUUACAUGAGCAGAAUAAACGAGAGGUAUCAUUGGUUGAGCCUCAGUUUUACGCGUGGUGGUAG